AUGGGCAAGAAGAGGAGACAGGACGAGCAGAGCUCACUAGCUCCUCAAGAAAGUGAACAUUCGACCGCCUUGCCAUCGCCAGCAACCACUCCAAUACGAAAGCUCGCAAAGGAACAAGUCGAGUCGUCCGUACACUCCCAAGCUAUAAAGGAUCAGGCUGAUGAUGCCGACGACAUAGGAGAGUUUGAGGAUGCUUGGGAGGAUGAUAACGACGAUGAGGAGGACGACGAGGAAGGAGAUGUAAUUGUACAUCAGGACAGUGAUGAUGAGGAUGAAGAUAUGGACGUUGAUGCAGAAAAGCAGCUGGACGACGAGGAAGAGCUUGAGGAUGCUCUAGAUGUAUAUCUACCAGGCCAGGCCCUCGAUGAAGGCGAAGUGCUCGUACCAGACAACUCUGCGUACGAGAUGCUGCACUUUAUGGGUGUCGAGUGGCCAUGUCUGUCCCUCGACUUUCUGUCUUCGCCUGUGCCUACUUCUGGAUACCCAGUCUCCGUAUACAUGGUAUCUGGAUCUCAAGCCGAGCGGCCAAAGGAUAAUAAGGUGUAUAUAAUGAAGGCUUCUCAACUGCACCGGACAAAGCACGAUGAUGAUAACGAAAUGCAAGACGACGACUCAGACCAUGAAUCUGAUCUCGACGACGACCCGAUACUGGAAUACAAGACCAUACCACAAACUGCUGGUAUAAAUAGAGUCAGGGCUAUGCCACAUCAGGAUCCGUCCAUACAACUAGUGGCGGCUUGGUCUGAAGUAGGACAAGUGAGAAUAUGGAAUGUCGCUCCAUACGUCAAUGCACUGGAUUCUCCUGGUUAUGUCGUGCCAAAGGAAGCAGCCACUCCUAUUGGAAUAGUUGAUCAUAAACGAGUGGAAGGAUAUGCUAUGGAUUGGAGUUUGCUCACAUCUGGAAGGUUACUAACCGGCGACGUAUCCAACAAUAUAUAUUUAACAUCUCGCACUACAUCGUCAUUCGAAACCGAAACCACUCCCUUCUUGGCACACACCGCGUCGGUCGAAGACUUGCAAUGGUCGCCAACAGAAAAGGAUGUGUUUGCAUCAUGCUCUGCUGAUGGGACUGUAAAGAUAUGGGAUGCCAGAGCCAAGAAGAGAGGAAAGGCUCAACUGAGCGUCACAUGCCAUGCUAGUGAUGUUAAUGUGGUUUCUUGGAAUCGAUCUGUAUCGCACCUCCUUGCUUCCGGAAGUGAAUCCGGUGAAUUCAGCAUAUGGGAUCUCCGUCAGUUCCAGCAAGUAACUGACUCCACACCACCGGUACCAGCCGCCACCUUCUCCUGGCACAAGAAACCCAUAACAUCGAUAGAAUGGCAUCCAGUCGAUGCAUCAGUCCUGCUGCUUACAUGUGGAGACGAUACCACGACAAUAUGGGACUUGUCCCUUGAACGAGACCCUGAGGAAGAAUUGGUGUUGGGUACGGGACCCAAGAAAGAAGUCGAUGUGCCUCCACAACUGUUGUUUGUUCAUCAGGGACAGACCGAGAUGAAGGAAGGCAGAUGGUGUCGGGAUGCUGGGAGAGAGGGGGUUGCGGUUGUUACCGCGUCGGAUGGGAUGGCGAUAUUCAAGACUAUAAAUGCGUGA